AUGGCUGACCAAAUUCUUGGUGAUAAUCCAAAUGAAGCUUUCUCUGUUCAAUCAGCAACAAUUGCUGUUGUUCAUUUCCCUGGUUGUGAUAUUGAUAAAUUGCUCGAAAUACACUCCAAAUUGUCUGAGAAUAUUACAUCUAAAUACCAGACAAUUGCUAAUGUGGAUAUCAUUGGUUCACAUUUAGUUGCAAGUGCUGGUAUUUUCGAGACUGUUUCACAAUCAGAAAGACACGCAAAUGAUGCAAUUUCUUUCGCUGUUGAAGCACUUAAAACAGCAAAAAGUGUACUUGGAGAUGACGCUGAAACAAGAAUUGGUGUCGCAACAGGAGGCCCUGUUUACGUUGGUGUUAUUGAUAUAGGUCGUCCUUUCUUCGAAGUCUGCGGUGAAGCUGUUGAAUUCGCUGAAGAAAUUGCGGCCAAAGCUCCAAAAGGAGUUGUCCAUACAACUCGUGCUGUUUAUGAAUUGAUUUAUGGUCGUGGAUUCAUGAUCAAGGAAAGAGGAGAGGUUAGUCUAGGAAAGUUUGGUACAAUUGUUACAUAUACAGUAACUCAAUAA